AUGGAGACGCCCCCACCGUGCACCGCUCUGCCUCUAACCGAGCUGAACUGUCUGUGUUGCAGUUUAGCGGCGUCGAAAGAAGCCGCGGCGAGGAAAGCCACCUCCCCGAUGCCGCCGUCCGAGUUUCUGGACAAACUCAUGGGCAAAGUUUCAGGUUACGACGCCAGAAUCCGACCGAAUUUUAAAGGUCCGCCUGUCAACGUCACCUGCAACAUUUUUAUCAACAGUUUUGGGUCCAUUGCUGAAACUACAAUGGACUACAGAGUCAACAUCUUCCUGAGGCAGCAGUGGAACGACCCCCGGCUGGCGUACAGCGAGUACCCCGACGACUCGCUGGACCUCGAUCCAUCCAUGUUGGACUCCAUCUGGAAGCCCGACUUGUUCUUUGCCAACGAGAAGGGGGCCAACUUCCACGAGGUCACCACCGACAACAAGCUGCUGCGCAUAUCCAAAAACGGCAACGUGCUCUACAGCAUACGAAUAACUCUGGUUCUGGCCUGUCCGAUGGAUCUGAAGAACUUCCCGAUGGAUGUCCAGACGUGCAUCAUGCAACUGGAGAGCUUCGGAUACACCAUGAACGACCUCAUAUUCGAGUGGGACGAGAAAGGAGCCGUGCAGGUGGCCGACGGCCUGACGUUACCUCAGUUUAUACUCAAAGAAGAGAAGGACCUGCGCUACUGCACCAAGCACUACAACACAGGUAAAUUCACUUGUAUUGAGGCUCGUUUCCACCUGGAGCGUCAGAUGGGUUACUACCUGAUCCAGAUGUACAUCCCCUCGCUGCUCAUCGUCAUCCUGUCCUGGGUCUCCUUCUGGAUCAACAUGGACGCCGCGCCGGCCCGGGUUGGUCUGGGCAUCACCACGGUGCUGACCAUGACCACGCAGAGCUCCGGUUCCAGAGCUUCGCUGCCCAAGGUGUCCUACGUUAAAGCCAUCGACAUCUGGAUGGCCGUGUGUCUGCUCUUCGUCUUCUCGGCCCUGCUGGAGUACGCCGCCGUCAACUUCAUCGCCCGCCAACACAAGGAGCUGCUGCGCUUCAGGCGGAGGCGACGACACAUGAAGGAGGAGGACCCGGGCGAUGGGCGCUUCGGCUUCCCCGGCUACGGCAUGGGCCCCGCCUGCCUGCAGACCAAGGACGGCAUGGCCAUUAAGGGCAACAACAACAACGCCCCGACCUCGGCCCCUCCCGAGAAGAGCAUCGAGGAGAUGAAGAAGCUGUUCAUCAGUCGGGCCAAGCGCAUCGACACGGUGUCCCGGGUGGCCUUCCCUCUCGUCUUCCUCAUUUUUAACAUUUUCUACUGGAUCACUUACAAGAUCAUCCGCAGCGAGGACAUCCACAAGCAGUAGUCGAGAAAAAUAAUGAGACAUCAGAAGCAGGUAUUGGCGCCCCCUUUUUUCCAGUCGUGCUUUUCGUCCUCUUUCGCUCUUUUUCUUCUUCUUUUCGUGGAGGAUUUGC